GCUCUGUUUCUUCAUUCGCUCGCGAAAACGAAUCCCGUACGACACUACCGCAUUCUUUGAGCGCCGAUAAAGAAACGCGUAAUCCGUCAUGAGUUCAAAAUCCUUUUUUGUUGAAGACGAUGCCGAGCAGUCUAAUAAGUUGGCGAGGAAAGCCAAGGAGUCCCCAUUCAUGUUAAUUGGUAUUGCUGGAUUCAUUGCUGCAGGUGCAAUUGGAGCUUAUAAAUAUAGACACCGAGGCACGAUGAGCACCAGUGUUUUCCUCAUGCAACUGCGUGUGGCGGCCCAGGGAACCGUUGUGGGUUGUUUGACCCUUGGACUGGGUUAUCAGAUGGCCAAGGAGUACAUAUUCGAUAAGCAGCCCAAGGAAAAACAUUGAGUAAUUCAAGCACUUGAUUGAUUGCCAACAAAUUCCUCCCUCCCCGCUGCAUCAACACCCGCUGACACCUCAACAUACAUAACUAGACAAAUUGAAUAUUUAUUUAUUGCAAUUUAUGCCAUUAACAAAAAUCAUUCUCACAAAAAUCAUUUCCCGAGAUAACGAUUUUUGAUCAAAUUUGUAAAAUGUUUUCGUCCCCUGACGAAAAGAUUGUUAGCCAAGCUAAUUUGUUUUGUAAGAUUGUGAUAUUUUAAUUGUUCGACUAACUUAAAUAUGAAAUGUAAAAAAACACACAUACAAAAUGAUCGAAUUGUUGGAACACUGUGAAAAGAUAAAUACCUCCUAUGCAAAUGAUGUAAGAUUAAAAACAAAUAUUUAAGAAACA